UAUUUUACAGAACAGCCAGACAGUAAGAAACUAGCUUCUCAGAAUGACUCAGUCGGAGCUCAGCUUGCUGCUAUCCACCAGCAAAGGGCGACUAUAACCGAGGAGUACCGCGUGCCUGACGGCAUGGUGGGGCUCAUAAUCGGACGAGGGGGUGAACAGAUCAAUAAAAUACAGCAGGACUCUGGGUGCAAGGUACAGAUAGCACCAGACAGUGGUGGUCUACCAGAUAGGAGUGUUUCUUUGACAGGGUCUCAAGACUCCAUCCAAAAAGCGAAAGGGCUCCUAGAUGAAAUUGUCUCUCGUGGCCGAGGCGGUCCCCCCGGCCCCUUCCACGACUCCACGAACGGGCAGAACGGCUCGGUGCAGGAGCUCAUGAUCCCUGCGGGAAAGGCAGGGCUAGUCAUCGGCAAGGGGGGUGAGACUAUCAAGCAGCUGCAGGAGCGUGCGGGUGUGAAGAUGAUUCUGAUUCAGGACGGCUCUCAGUCUGCGAACAUGGACAAGCCCCUGCGUAUCAUUGGAGACCCCUACAAAGUGCAGCAAGCUCGUGAGAUGGUGAUGGAGAUUCUGCGGGAGAGAGAUCACGGAGGCUUUGGGGAGAGGAAUGAGUACGGCUCCCGAAUGGGAGGGGGGUCCGGAGGAGGGGGUUCUGGUUCUGGAGGAGGGGGCAUAGAGAUCCCUGUGCCGCGGCACUCCGUGGGAGUGGUGAUUGGUCGAAGCGGCGAAAUGAUCAAAAAGAUCCAGAAUGAUGCCGGAGUUCGAAUACAGUUCAAACCGGAUGAUGGCACGGGACCCGACAAGGUAGCGCACAUCAUGGGCCCCCCAGAGCGCUGCGAGCAUGCGGCAAACAUC